CACGCCUGAGCUUGUGUGUCAUAGAGCCAUCGUCGGGCUUUUGAGCGGGCGAGGAAGUUCGCUGUGGCUUCGAAAAUGAAACAUUUGACGUUGUGUGCACCCGCAGAAUCUGUCGUCGCGGCGCGUUGCAGGCAGCAGAACUGUAAGACGACAUCUGGCAACAUCCAGAUGAAUUUAGUGUAGGCAACAGCAUUAAAAAGGGCUUCGGCAUGGUUGAUUAUAAGAGCUCGAGGUCAUCAUCAUGAUGGCCGACAUACGUACCACUCACUUCUCACUGACUUCACAGUUCUAUUGAGGACCAAACUUGAGGAUGACUGACGCAAGGUCAACUGGAGCGGGAUUGCCCCACAUUCAUCUUCUCUGUCUCACGACGACGGUUUCAGACACCUUCGGCGAAGCCGCGAAGAAGUAUUUUCCCGACCUCAAUUCUCACGUGGAAAUCACGGUCCAUCACGGCAGGCUGAACACGCUUCCGGAAUCUCUGAGAUGGGACGCGAUUGUUUCGCCGGCGAACUCAUACGGAAGACUCGAUGGCGCAUUCGAUGACGCGAUCUCCUGCGCCCUAAGUCCGCCAAACGAUUACGACUGGACCACCCGCAAAGCGCAGAAGGUGUUGUACGAGAAAUGGAAGGGGUUUGCGCCGCCAGGGACCUGCACAGUGGUGCCGCUCGAGGACGAGGAGGAAAUGCAUUCUGAUGAAGCGUUGGACGUCCUGCGAAGAAGUAGACCUCCAAGGCUGCUUCCCUGGGGCGUCAAAUAUCUUCUCCUCUGCCCGACGAUGCGCGUCCCCCAGGAGGUAACGUGGGAUCGCGAAGUCGUAUAUGAGUGCAUUUGGUCUCUCCUCUGCGCCAUAGAGGAACACAACAAGCGCGCCCGUCAAGAGUCAAAGAUCACAAGUAUUCUUAUGACACCGCUGGCCACUGGUGUGGGUCAUGUACCGUAUCAAAGAUGGGCAGAACAAUGCGUCCUAGCUAUUCGAGACUGGCUGGCUUCAUCGCGCGAUCCAGCAAAGUGGUCGAACCUGUCAUGGCAUCAGAUCUACGAGGACACCAGAGAUGUUCAAGAGACUUGGCAAGGAUAAAUCGAAUAGGGUAAUGUUGCAUGGCUGUACCUAGCGACUGCCAUGGUGGAUGGUGAACAACCAACCCCACAGUCUAACACUAUCUUGGCGUGGCAACUUUUGAGGCCAGAGUUUGGACAGACAACACACAAAAAUUUUCAAUGCGUACUUGAAUGCCUACCGCUGGAGAAUAAAGGUAUACUUGUGUCCGUAUACAAAGGCCACACAUGUCUAGUUUCUGCGUCUAAAAAUUUACUUCUUUCUUGAAA